AUGCAGAUCUUCGUCAAGACCCUUACGGGUAAGACUAUCACCCUUGAGGUGGAGUCCUCCGAUACCAUUGACAAUGUCAAGUCCAAGAUCCAGGACAAGGAGGGCAUUCCCCCUGACCAACAGCGCCUGAUCUUCGCCGGCAAGCAGCUCGAGGAUGGCCGCACUCUUUCUGACUACAACAUCCAGAAGGAGUCCACCCUUCACCUCGUCCUUCGUCUGCGUGGUGGUGGUAAGAAGCGCAAGAAGAAGGUCUACACCACCCCCAAGAAGAUCAAGCACAAGCACAAGAAGACCAAGCUUGCUAUCCUCAAGUACUACAAGGUCGACGGUGAUGGCAAGAUCGAGCGUCUCCGCCGCGAGUGCCCCGCCCCUGAGUGUGGUGCCGGUGUCUUCAUGGCUGCCAUGCACAACCGCCAGUACUGCGGUAAGUGCCACCUCACCUACGUCUUCGACGAGGCCAAAUAA